AUGUUUCGCUUUUUGGUGUUAGCUUUCAUCGCUGUCGCAUCCGCCGAAGUUAUUUACGAUGGACCCUGCCCUGAAGUGAAGCCUAUAGAAAAGUUUGACUUCCCAGCAUACCAAGGAACUUGGUACGAAAUCGCCCGCUUCCCUCAUGCUACUGAAGAAGGUACAAAAGGCAAGUGCAGUACCGCUGAAUACUUUGUUGACGGAGACAAGACCAAGGUGAAGAACUCCCAUGUGAUUGACGGCGUCAAGUCAUACAUCGAAGGUGACCUCACUCUUGUUGAGCCUGGAAAGUUGAUGUUGACUUACACUUUUGGAGGUGUGUCUAAGAACUCCUACAUGACUGUUGUGGACUCCGACUACAAGAACUACAGCAUCGUAUACAGCUGCAAAUUUUUCAAGGACACCAAUAAACAUCAAGUUUUUGCUUGGAUAUUGUCUAGGAAGACAACUCUUGAGGGUGCGGCCAAAGAAAGCGUUGAAAACUACUUGAAGGACUCCAAGAUUAUAGAGAAAUCCAAAUUCGUAGAUAACGACUAUUCUGAGGAGGCUUGCAAGGCUACCGUUACCAAAGCCAUCACUGAAUUUUUGAAGCCUUAA